UUUACUGUGCUCGACAAGUCUCGCGAUACUAUGCGCUCUAUGCGCGCGCGCAGCCUCACGCACGUCAGAGAGCUGAGUUGGAGGAUCAUGGCGGAGCGCAGGAGGCACAAGAAACGGAUCCAGGAGGUGAGCGAGCCCACCAAGGAGGAGAAGGCGGUGGCCAAGUACCUCCGAUUUAACUGUCCCACCAAGUCCACCAACAUGAUGGGCCACCGGGUCGACUAUUUCAUUGCCUCCAAGGCAGUGGACUGUCUGAUGGACUCCAAGUGGGCCAAGGCGAAGAAGGGAGAGGAGGCGUUGUUCACCACCAGGGAGUCUGUGUUGGAUUACUGCAACAGACUCCUAAAGAAGCAGUUCUUCCACCGGGCUCUCAAAGUGAUGAAGAAGAAACCUGAGAAAGACACCAAGAAAGAGAAGGAGAAGGAGAAGGAAAAGGAAAAGGAAAAAGAGAAGGAGAAGGAGAAGGAGAAGGAGAAAGAGAAAGAGAAGGAGAAGGAGAAAGAGAAAGAGAAGACCAAGGGCGACAGCAGUAAAGAGGAGGAGAAAAAGGGGAAGAAGGAGAAAGAGAAAAAGAAAGAGUCUGAGGCUAUUGAAACCAAGAAAGAGAAAAGUGAUGACAGUCCUGGAACCCCCAAGAAGAAGAAAGAGGUGAAGAAGAAGUUUAAACUGGAGCCUCAUGAGGAUCAGCUGUUUCUAGAUGGAAAUGAGGUGUAUGUGUGGAUUUACGAUCCUGUUCACUUCAAAACAUUUGCCAUGGGACUGAUACUGGUCAUUGCAGUGAUAGCAGCCACGCUGUUCCCACUGUGGCCGGCAGAAAUGCGUGUAGGAGUUUACUAUCUAAGUGUUGCAGCAGGCUGCUUUGUGGCCAGUAUAUUGCUUCUAGCCGUUGCCCGCUGCAUCCUCUUCUUGAUCAUCUGGCUGGUGACCGGCGGGCGGCACCACUUCUGGUUCCUCCCCAACUUGACCGCAGACGUCGGUUUCAUCGACUCGUUCCGGCCGCUCUACACUCACGAGUACAAAGGACCGCGAGCCAGCAGCAAGAAGGGCUCGGACAAGACGGACGAGAAGGACAACGGCGGCAACAAGGCUCAGAAAUCGGACAGCGACGAGAAGUCAGACAGCGAGAAGAAGGACGGCGACGAUGACGAGGAAGAGGAAGAGGAGGAGAGCAAAGAGGCCGAGGAGAGUAAAGAAGCGGAGGGGGACGGAACGGGCGCCGACCGACACUCAGACACAGACAGCGACCGCCGGGAGGACGAAGGCUCGCAGCACAGCAACGGAAACGACUUUGAGAUGAUCACCAGGGAGGAGCUGGAGCAGCACACGGAGGAGGAAGACGAGGAGGAGGAGGAGGAGGAGGAGGAAGACGAGGAGACGGAAGAGAGGAAAGAAGGGGGUGAGAGUGAGACUAAACCCCAGACUGCUGAAACAUAAACUUCUUACAAUCCCACCACUCUCUACUGUUUCUCUCUCUGCCCUCCCUCCCUUCCUCCUGUGAUCCCAGGACCUGCUCGUCCGGCCUCUCUGAGCCUGCUGAGGCCCAGGAGAGGCUCCAUCUCUUCUUGUUGAGAUCUUCCACUUAACAGUACCGAUAGACCAGAACCGGGAUAGACACAACGCUGAAAAGCAAAAAACGGCUACGACAAUGGGGAAAAAAAAUUCUAAAAAGAAGCCUUAUGGUGGAUCUGAUUCCUCCCACAUAAAUGUUAUUUAUGUUAAAAAUGAAAACUGCCACCAACAUGUUUGCCUGAGGAAGUUGUCAAGAAAAACAGACCAACAAACAGCACCGAUGGAGGGUUUUCAUUUCUUUGGUUUACAUGUUUUAUUUAUGUCUCCUCUAUUUGGAUGGAUGUUUUGUAUGUGAGGUCAAAGCCAGAUCUUAGAUAUAGACGGUGGAGAUGCUAGACUGACCAGUAAGAGAAGACGUGCUGGUUUCUUUGCCCCCCUUCUUUUGUCGUCUUAGAGCUCCAUGUCGUUGGUACAAUCACUUUAGUGAGAAAGCCCCCAUUCUUUCACCUUUUUUGGUGUUAAAUCAACUUUGGCAGGAGAAUGCCAGCGAGUCUGAUAGCUUUCUCAGGCAGCCCUUAAAGGAAAACUUGGAUAGUUUACAACCUGGACCUUAUUCUCACAAGUUUUUUGUCGAAGUAACUAACAGGGACAGCUAGUUUUGAAUUUGGUCCAGUAUUGAGCGAAAUUGCUUCAGCCCGCAGCCACAAAACGGGCGGCAAUGUAAUCCUUCGGUGCACUUGCACACCAUCAAUGUUCGUCCAGUUAUGGUGCUUGUUUUUGCCACUGGCAGGCUCAGCUUGUUAUUUUAAUGACCCUGCAGAGAGAUAUCAC